AUUGCUGUUGAGAAAACAAAGCCCCCAACACAAGCACGCGCUUGACGCACGAGAGCCUCGGUUUGGGACGUGAUUUUGGAAGUUGGGGCUUUGGAGGUGCACGUGAAGGAGGAGAAGAAGGAGGAAAGAGGAUUUGCAGACAAAAUCAUUUCCCGCCAGGACAACAGAGGUGGACUGACGUUGUUGUUGAUGUUGUUGAUGUCGAUGUUAGUAGUUAUUAAUAAGAUAAGAUCCUAGUGACUUCCGGCCAUGGAGGACGUGAAAGCCGUGCACAGGUCGUCCUGCUUCAGCAUCAAGAGCCUCCUGCUGCCCUCCUCCACCUCCUCUUCGUCCUCCUCAGUCGCCGGUCUCCCCGGGACUCUGCCGCCUUCUCCGGGGUCCGACUCGGGGAGGUCGGCGGAGCUGCCGGAAGUGGACUCCACGGCGGCGGGCGGCUCGGACCCGGACAAGCCGCUCCAGGAGGACGAGGAGGGCGCAGUCGGGGAGGGCGACAAGGCGGCCCCGGAGCACACCUCCACCGGCGGCGGCGCAGGCAAAAACGGCAAACUGGAUAAGCCUCCGUUCUCCUACAACGCCCUGAUCAUGAUGGCCAUUCGGCAGAGUCCCGAGAAGCGGCUGACGCUGAACGGCAUCUACGAGUUCAUCAUGAAGAACUUUCCGUUCUACCGGGAGCACAAGCAAGGCUGGCAGAACUCCAUCAGACACAACCUGAGCCUCAACAAGUGCUUCGUCAAGGUUCCGAGACACUACGACGACCCGGGCAAGGGCAACUACUGGAUGCUGGACCCCAGCAGCGACGACGUCUUCAUCGGCGGGACCACCGGGAAGCUCCGCCGGCGCUCGGCAACCUCGCGGGGCAAACUGGCCAUGAAGCGCGGCCUGCGCUUCGCGCCGCUGGGCUUGGGCAUCAACGAGCGGCCCAACAACCCUCUCUACUGGCAGAUCUCACCCUUCUUGUCCCUCCACCACCACCACCAUCACCCGCACUACAACGGCUCCUCGCCCGGCUUCCUCAACCAGGCGGCCGGCUACGGCUCUCUCCUGCCCGGCGUGGAGCAGCUGGGGAACGGGGACCUGGGUCGCUCCAUCCUGGGCGGCUCCGGCGCGCUGGGCUUGACGAACUCCUACGGCAUGAGCACGUCGCCCGUCGGGCUGCUAUCCGGACAGACGGCGGGCUAUUUUGUCUCAGGGAGCCAACACGGGGGUGCGCCGGGACCGCCGGGAGCCGGAGCCCCACCGCCGCCUCCUCCGCACCUGCAGCAGGGCGCGCCGGGCUUCGGCGGGCUGGCGAGCAGCAGCCCCCCGCAGUCGCUGCUUUCGGACUCGCUGAGGACCAGCUCGGUGCCGGCCUUCUCCUCCAGCGUGUCGGCGGGCUUCCCCGGGGUGCUCAGCCACCAGAAGAGGGUGACCCCGAACGCCUUCCUAAACUGACCCCCUGUGUGGACCCACAGAGACCACCUUUAAUAUCAAGCACUGCUGGCAAAAAAUAUAUACAAAUAUAUAUAUAUAAAGAUAUAUAUAUAUAUAUAUAUGAUUUGGAACAUUUUAUUGUCAUGUUGUUGAAAAAGGGACAAGGUUGUGUUGCCAAAGGUAACAAACUAUUUAUAUAUCUGUACAAAAUGUACACUUUCUUUCUUAUUUAUGCUUUCUAUUUAUUCUAUUUAAAAUGUGGGAUGGAGCAAGCGGGUCCAAUAAGACAAAUUCAAGCUUAUUUAUGCAUUUUAGCAGACAAUCAACUUCUCUUUGUGGCAGGAAUAAUAAUAAUAAUAAUAAUAAUAAUAGUAAUAAUAAUAAUAAUAAUAAUGAUAAUGAAGCCUUAAAUGAGCCAGUAAGACAAUCAGGGUUUGAAAUUCUCUCAGGUUGGACCCAACAGGCCUUCCAAAAUGUCCAGUUCCAACUUUAUUGAAAAUGUGACUUUUCAAAAUAAUACACCACUUGCAAACAGAAGAUUUGUGGGUUUUUUUUAGCACAUGUCAAAUUAUGCAACACUAAUCUUUUUUUUUUUUAAUGUUUGUCUUGAAUAAGCAGAUCUACGUGUGUGUGUGUGUGUGUGUGUGAGAGCAUGAAACAUGGCGUGCACGUUCACUGAGAGCAGCUGAACUUAAAAAAAAAAAGUCAUCUUAAAGAAUUCAUGAAAAUAAAACAUUUCCUUAUUUUGACCCGCUCUGCUCCCAUAAAACACCAACGAAUAUUUUUCACACACACACACACACACACACACCUUGUGCGGCAGGUUGCGUUGUCAUGGAAACGACACUUUGUAGGGUUGAAGAUGUGUGGAGGUUAAAGGUCAAAAUGUUGUUUUUGUUGUUUAGUUUUGAAAGGUUCAUCAGCAGGAAGUUUAUGAUGUUUUUUAAAAUUUUCACGCUGUUAUUAUUUUAGCGGCUUUCGCGCUCAGAUUUAUCGCUAAAAUGUUAGCGUCGUCAUGUUUGCGCUGAAAGGUUUCGGAAAAAGUGGCUAAAAAAGUUGUCGAGUGAGGAUUGAAAGCAAAAAACAAACAACAGCAAAAAAAAGGACAAAGCAGAGAAUUGGGGCUGAGCCGCCAUGUCGGGCCUCUGAUGGGACUUUUAUUCUGCAAAACGUCAACGAAAGCGACUUCCUGUGCUCUUUUUAUUUUGUAAAAUUAUUUAUUGACCUCUUUUUCCCUCACCACCACAUGAAAAACAUUUGUGGAAAUAGCAGCCGAGCAGCCGGGAAGCGUUUUUAUGUUCGAUGCCGGAGGCCCCGCCACAACAAAAUCUGCAGAGUACAUUAGCAAAAUAAAAGCACAAAGCUGUCAUGACUAUGUUUUUUGUUUGUUUGUUUGUUUGAAAAUUUCCCACAUCACUUCUGCUUUUGUAUUUUUCUUUUUGCAGGUUUUUUCUUUGCACUUUUGUGGUUAGCAUUCACUUGUAUGAAAAGUCUGUGAUGUUUUUCUUCAUGUUUUUUUUUUUUUGCUUUCCAGAGAAACUGAACUUGAUUAAAAAGGAAGAAAUAAUAAUAAAAAAAAAGUCUGGUGAUGUCAACGCUGCAGAAAAAAACAUCUUUAUACAUUUUAAACUGAUGGUUAUCGUUUUUAUAUCGUUUGUUUAAUGCUAAUUCAUCCUUGCACAUAUUAUAAUGGCUUCUUAAUGCUUUUAUUCUUACUCAUUAAAAUAUAUAUUUGAUAUUCAGAUUUAAUUACAUUUCUCUUCUUUUAUAUUUAUCAAUUUUAAUUUUGACGAAUGAUUAGCACCAUACCUGUCCACAUUUGCAACUGGAAAUAAGGGAAAUUGCUGUGGCUCAAGCGUGGAUAUCGGCACCACCGGGGGGGAUUUAUUUACCGUAUUCUUUUUUUUUUGGGAUGAAAGUUUAAUAUUGGCGGGAAACGAUUCAAACAAGAAGGCGAGGGGAAAGAAGGGCAAAAUACGGGCGUUUCCCAGGAAAAACGGGAGGGCUGACGGGUAUGGUUAGCACGUUUUGAAUGAAGAAAGGUGAGUGUGUGCGUAUAACAUUGACUAUAAGUUCAUAUUCAAUAUUGCAUAGCAUAAAAUCCAAUAUAAAUCCAACUGUAGCAUUCGAGGCGCAUGACGACUGAAGGACACGCGUGCUACAUUCAAUGUUUCUUCAUAUUCGACUUGCUAAUGUUGACUUGACUGUGCUGUCCACUGUUUGGCGUCAACAAAAGCAUUCAGACGGCAAAUAAAAAGUACAAUAAGACUAAAUUAUACAUGUGACCGUGUCACAACCGCUGAGCGGAUGCUGGAAAACAUGAAAUAUUCAUCAUAUUUAUUAUUAAUAUUA